AUGACUUGUACUCUGCACCUGGUGAAAACUUGUGAUGAAGACUUUGCUUCUCUCCUGAAAGAGCCCAGCCCGGCCCCGGACACCUCCCCAGCGCCCCCACGGCCGGGUGCUCCCGUGCGCCGGGGGCUGGCGCGGUCCCGUCCCGCGGUCCCGGUGUCGGUCCCGGUGACCCCGCCCGGCCCCGCCGCCGCUUCCCCGCGCGGCCCAGAGGGGGCGCCCUCGGCCCGGCCUUCCCCGUGCGGCGCGCGCGGGCCCCGCGCAGGUGAGCGCGGGCCCGGCCGGGGCGCGGAGCGCGGCGGGGGCGCGCAGCGGCCGCGGGGACGCCUCGGCGGUGACGCCCGGGCGCUGCCGCGGCCGCCGAGCUUCUCCCCCCGCCUCCUCGCCCCCCGUCCCUGGCCGCUCGCCCCCGGGGCAGGGCUUCUGGCGGGAGCCGGGCGGGAAUCCCUCCUGACCCCUGCGAGGGGUGUCACGGCCGUCCCCUUUGCCUCGCCGCCCGCGCCCCCAGCACCCCCGCCAAAGCGCGGCGCUGCCCCCGAGGGCGCGCAGGAAAACCCGCUCCCCGGGCGCGGGCAGGGCCGGUGCUGCCGCCGGCUCCCCGCCACGGCUGCGGGAGUGCGGCGGUCCCGUUAUUUCCCCUCCCGGCUCGGCUCGGCCGCGCCCCGGUCCCCCUCCCCCCGCUGCCUCCGCCAGGUUCCGCGUCCCUCCUGCCCCACGGAAAACACACACGGCCCCGGCACCCGCCCCGGCUACCCGGCCCAUUCAAACAAACAAACAGAAACCUGCCCCGUCGCAAAGCCAACCGACGGGGGGAAAAAUUAGCAGGAGGAGAUCAGAGAAGAUAAGCGAGGAGCAAGCAGCUUCCCCGAGACCUUUCACUGCGGAUCCGAGAGGGAACAUCAGACGCGUAAAAAAAGAAAAACAAAAAACAAAAACAAAAACCAAAAAGCCAAACAAAACAAAAAACCCCAAACAAAACACAGCGUUCAAGCCAGCACAAGGCGAGCGAAAGAUCAAAAAGACGCAGAGAGGGAGACAUUAACUGGAGCAGCAGCAGCAGCAACAACAACAAAAAUCACACUUAAAAUAAUAAUAACAAUAAUAAUAAUAAAACCCAAACCACCAACAAGGGCGAUA